AUGGAAGCACCGUACAAUCCUUUUAACAGACAUAACGAAAGUCCUCCGUCACAAAAAUCUCCUUUACUACCACAAAAUGUCUCUCCUCCUAGUCCUUUAUCAAACGGUAUAAUUCACAUAUUUGAUUUUACUGAACUUGAAAAAAUGGAUUUAGAAGAGUUUGACAGUUAUAUUGAAACUGUAAGAAUGAAAGAAAGAAUAACAGGUGAUGAUGAAGAAAAAUUAAGAAAACUCAGAAGAAGAAUUCAGAAUAGAUGGUCUUCAAAAAUGUGCCGAGACAAGAAAAGAGACAAAAUGAAUGAAUUAAAAGAAGAGUUAUCAUUAUUUAAACAAAAAUGUGAACAACUUGAAGAAGAAAAUAAGAAAUUAAAAGAGUUAGUGUCAGCGAAUAUAAGUGAAAAUACUAUUCAAACUGAAAAAUCGACACUUGAUUUUAAUAAUUAA